AUGAGGCCGCCGGUUGUGUCCUCGAAGACUGCGUCGACACUAGCGCCGCUUUCGUCCUCCACCACAUUCUCAAGCGCUCUCUCUCUCAGCCUCCCCACUCCACGUCCCAACGCCGUCGUUUUUGUUGCCUUCGCCCACCCCUUCUCUCACUACGAUCGCAUCCUCCGAAGACUCGGUUGCAAUUUGGCUGCACAGAGGGACAAUAAUAGAUUCUUUUUUCUUGACAUGCUUAUGGACUGCCCAGACGAAGGGAAAAACAGUGAUUGUGGACUAAUUGCUUUGUAUGGGAAAAUCCAACUAUGACAAUUGCCAACUAUGAAGAUUACAAUUGUAAUUCUGAUGUGAUGCACUGGGAAAAUACGUUCCUUAAU